AUUUUGACGUUGUAAAUUUUUUUUUUUGUUCAGUCUACUUUUCAUAAAUAGGCUCUACAAAAAUUUUAGUAAACUUGUCGCCUAAAUUGCUUUUCUCUUUAUUCCCAUUAAUUUUAAUUCGGAUAAUAAUUUAGUAUAAAAUUAAAUAAAUUUAUAAUGAUUAAAUUAUUCUCAUUAAAACAACAAAAAAAGGAUGAUCAAAAUCCUAAAACUGGUCCACAAAAAAAGGCCUCAGCUGCUCAAUUAAGAAUACAAAAAGAUAUUAAUGAAUUAAAUUUACCUAAAACGUGCACAACAGAUUUUCCAGAUCCAGAUGAUCUUCUAAAUUUCAAAUUAGUUAUUUGUCCUGAUGAAGGAUUUUAUAAAGGCGGAAAAUUUGUAUUUAAUUUUCGUGUUGGGCCAAAUUAUCCGCAUGAACCACCUAAAGUAAAAUGUGAAACUCAAGUUUAUCAUCCAAAUAUUGAUUUGGAAGGAAAUGUUUGUUUAAAUAUUUUACGUGAAGAUUGGAAACCUGUAUUAACAAUAAAUUCUAUUGUAUAUGGAUUACAGUAUUUAUUCUUGGAACCAAAUCCAGAAGAUCCAUUGAAUAAAGAAGCAGCUGAUGUUUUGCAGACAAAUCGAAGAUUAUUUGAGCAUAAUGUUGCUAAAGCGAUGAGAGGAAAUUAUAUCGGCGAAACAUAUUUUGAAUAUUGUCUUAAGUGAUAUAUAAAAUCUAAAUUUACUCUUAGGUACUGUGUCUACUUAAUUAUAUUAACAACAUUGGGUGGACGAAUUUACAUAAAUUUAAUUUACAACUAAAGAUGAAAAAUUAAAAGAAAAAAGAAUUUACCUAUUUAAGAACGAAGUAAAAACAAUUUUGAAAGUGUAACAUCCAAAACCAAGAAAGAAGGCAAGUUAAAACAAAAAUUUUAACUAAAAAUAAUUUAAAUUUUAAAUACAAGAAAAGAAUUUAAAAUUAUAGAGAAAAAAAAACAGUUAAAGUACAUUAAAAUUACAAAAAAAAUUAUAUAUAUUUAAUAAAAAUAACUUUCUUAUUAAUAAAAAAAAACAAAA